GUCAGUCGCUCUCACGAGAAUUGCCCGGCCGAGAGCUGCCCGGCUGCUCUGGUCGUGGAUCCCUGGGUGAGGGAACUGACCGAAACCCUGUGUACCUCGCGGUCAGUCGCAGCGCUUCGGGAUGGAACAGUUCAAAGAGUUACAGUGCUUGAAGGGCCUAUUUAUGCAGUGGGAGGCCAUGAUGGUUGGAGCUAUUUGAAUACAGUUGAGAGAUGGGACCCUCAAAGUCAGCAGUGGACAUUUGUGGCAAGUAUGUCAAUUGCCAGAAGCACUGUUGGAGUAGCAGCAUUAAAUGGCAAAUUAUAUUCAGUUGGAGGUCGAGAUGGAAGCUCAUGUUUGAGUUCAAUGGAAUAUUAUGAUCCUCAUACAAAUAAAUGGAAUAUGUGUGCUCCAAUGUGUAAGAGAAGAGGAGGCGUAGGAGUGGCUACAUGUGAUGGCUUUCUUUAUGCAGUUGGAGGUCAUGAUGCUCCUGCUUCUAACCACUGCUCACGACUACUGGACUAUGUAGAAAGGUAUCUACUACAUGCAUUUUUAAAAUAUAUUGUCUGGAAGCAUCAUUUUGUUACCUAAAUAAUGGUGAA